GCACACCACGAAAGAGGAACUCGCAUGUAGCGGGACCGUGUUUCCACCCGGAUAACUUUUUCUAUAGAAAUUCCCCUUGCGCAGAGUUUACCGGAAGUCGAACCCCCCAUGUGUGUGUAUUUAAAAAUAAAAUAUAUAUUUUUUAACUCUUAUUAAUACAGAAACUAUCAAUACGUUAUCAAAAUGUCGCUGUCUCUCAUCAGAAAGGGACUGGACCUCUUUAGCGAAGAUAUUAAAGAGGGCGGUGGCGCGGCUGGACGGAAAAAGCCGAAGAGCCGAGCCGAACCGAACAGCGUGAUGAACAGAAUCGGCUCCAAUCGGGUCGGAGUGAAGAAACAGGUGCGGCGGAUCCACGGAACCGCCGGCAAGCGGCGGAACCGAGCUACCGUCAAGAACAAACCCGUCAAGUCCGCUAUAGAGGAGUAUCGGAAAAACCAGCCCACCAGUCACUUGGAGAAAAAUCUGGCAUACAUGCUGGGGAAGACCGUGACUGCAGAGGCCAAAGUCACAGAGAAGAUCGUGCUUCAGAACCGAGGGAGACAGUCUCGGGAUCGUCCCGCAGAAGAGAAGAAAAAGCCGCAGGAGAAAUCGCUCUUCACGGAGGCAGACUUCCAGAAUUUCCAGAAGGAAUUUUUUGGAAGGCGAGUGGAAGGGGUGUGAGACCCAUCUCCCAGUCCCGGGACAGAGCUUCAGAAUCUAGCUUGAUCAGCCCCCAGUGUGUCUAGCUAACAAGCUCAGGUGUGUCUGAUUAUUAAACUCCUAGUGAAACCAGGACUGGAUCACACUGCUGUGCAGCGGGAGUCUGAUUCCCAGCCCUGUAGAUAGACUUUGGUUGAAGGAGGUUUGUAGCUGAUUUUAUAGUGAAGAGAGCUACAGGAUAUUGCUGGGAACUGUGGGAUAUUUAGACAGAGAGAUCAGGGCUGGGAAUCAGACUCCUAUCCCACAGCAGUGUGAUCCAGUCCAGGUUUUACUGCUACCAGCUUGAUCAGCCCCCAGCGUGUCUAGCUAACAAGCUCAGGUGUGUCUGAUUAUUAAACUCCUAGUGAAACCAGGACUGGAUCACACUGCUGUGGAACGGGAGUCUGAUUCCCCUCUCCUGUGACAGAAAGCAGACUUGAACUCUCUUCUGUGAGGUAGAAUUGACUUUCAUGAUUUCAAACCCAAUUUCCUGCAUUAGUAUCCUUUUGAAACUUUUUUUUCGAUACAUCCCUUCUAUAAACUCUGUUUCAAGAACGAAUAAAUAUUUUAAAACAC